GGAAUUUCGAAUUUUGGAAUCUAAGUUGUGAUUAAACAUAAAACCAUUGUCUUGUAAUAGUAACCACAGUGUCAUGUCAUUGUCUCGUUGACUUGUGGUUCAAUGGUUUUGUACUGUACCAUCAAUUUUGUGCCGGCAUACAAAUCAAAGGCAUGCGUUUCGAGAUGUUGAAAUAAUUCCUCAACGAAGAAAAAGAAACAGAAAAGGAAAGAGGGGGGGUGGUGGUUAGAGGCCCAAAAGCAAGGGACCGUAAGUCCGUAAACUCCGAGUGGCAACCCACGCACAUGAAGACGAGCCGUUGGCAGGCAGGCUCCAUCUCUAUUAUCCAAUUUUGAAAGACCAAAACUAAAAGGGGUCAAAACCAGAUCCACACGCGAACCCUCACCUGACCCCGUUUUUCCCCCCAUCACUUUCCUCGCAGCUUCUCAUGUUACUCUUUUCCCAACUCGCUCUCCUGCUUCAAUCACCAUGAACUCAGCUAUCUCGGAGCGAGUCGAACUCGCCAAACUCUGCCGCUCCCGUGACUGGUCCAAGGCAAUCCGAGUCCUUGACUCACUCCUCGCUCAGUCUUGCGCAAUCCAAGACAUCUGCAAUAGAGCGUUUUGUUAUAGUCAAUUGGAGCUUCAUAAGCACGUGAUUAAGGAUUGUGAUAAGGCGCUACAGCUUGACCCUACGCUUCUUCAAGCUUAUAUUCUUAAAGGCUGUGCAUUUUCUGCGUUGGGAAGGAAAGAGGAUGCUAUUGCUGUUUGGGAGCAAGGGCAUGAACAUGCAUUGCGGCAAUCUGCUGAUCUGAAGCAAUUGCUGGAACUGGAAGAGCUUUUGACGGUAGCAAAACCAGGCAAACAAGACAUAACUUUUACUAGUGACAAACAUGUGGCUGACCCUAAGUUAUCUAACCCUGUAUCUGAAUCAAGACUUUACAUCAAUGGAAAGUCAAAUGAAACUUUCAAGCAUCAAAAUAAAUACAAUACAUCUAGAUUAUUGCAAGAACAUAGUGAUAGAUCAAAGAUCUACAAAAAGUCUACUGACAAUUUUGAGACACACAAUAAAACAAGUGAUGAAGAGAGGAAUAAAUCAUCAAUGUCUUUAUCUGAGUUAGCAUCUGACACCAUUGACAAAACAUUUGAAAAUUACAAAAGUCUCAAUGUGUUAAGUGAUGGAUCUAAAUUAAGUGUGGAGUCUGUUGAUGCUUCUGAGAGCAGUAGCAUUUCUGGUGAUAAUUUUGACAUAGGAUUAAGUGAUCAAACUUGUCCGAAUGAGAUGCCUUGUGUCCUGACAAAUGGAACUCAUAGUAAUUUUGACAAACCAAGUUAUGCUUCAGAUUCAUGUAAUGAUCUAAGUGAGAAAUCAGAACAAUGCAGUAGAUCCUCUGUCAUUUCCAGUAAGUCAAGUGAUAAAACUGAAAGUCACUCUCUGCCAUCUAACAUAUCUGACAUACAUAAUGAAAUAACUGAUGAAACUAAGAGGAACAAGAAGUUUUGUGUUGCUAAGAUUUCAAAGACCAAGUCAAUCAAUGUAGAUUUUCGCUUAUCAAGGGGCAUUGCACAGGUUAAUGAAGGGAAUUAUGCUUCUGCCAUAUCUAUAUUUGACCAGAUACUGAAAGACGAUCCUACAUAUCCUGAGGCACUAAUAGGAAGAGGGACUGCAUACGCAUUCCAACGAGAACUUGAAGCCGCUAUUGCUGAUUUUACAAAGGCUAUUCAAUCAAAACCAUCAGCUGGUGAGGCUUGGAAAAGGAGAGGCCAGGCUCGGGCUGCUAUGGGAGAAUCUGUUGAGGCAAUUGAAGAUCUGACCAAAGCAUUGGAGUUUGAUCCAAAUUCAGCUGAUUUAUUACAUGAAAGAGGAAUAGUGAAUUUCAAGUUUAAGGAUUUUGUUGCUGCUGUUGAAGACCUAUCUGCAUGUGUGAAGCUUGAUAAGAAUAGCAAGUCUGCAUACACAUAUUUGGGAAUGGCAUUAUCUUCAAUAGGUGAAUACAAGAGGGCUGAGGAGGCACAUUUGAAGUCUAUCCAACUUGACCAAAGUUUUCUUGAAGCCUGGGUUCAUCUUACCCAGCUCUAUCAAGAUCUAGCAAACUCUAAAAUGGCUUUCGAAUGUCUUCAACAAGUUAUACAAAUUGAUGGAAGGUAUUCUAAAGCAUAUCAUUUACGUGGGCUACUACUCCAUGGGAUGGGAGAGCACAGGAAGGCUAUUAAGGAUUUAUCAAAUGGGUUGAGCAUUGAGAACUCAAAUAUUGAGUGUUUAUACUUACGAGCUUCAUGCUAUCAUGCUAUUGGAGAAUAUGCAGAGGCGGUCAAGGACUAUGAUGCUGCAUUAGAUGUUGAACUGGACUCAAUGGAAAAGUUUGUUCUUCAAUGCUUGGCCUUCUAUCAGAAAGAGAUUGCUUUGUACACUGCUUGCAAAGUCAACAGUGAGUUUUGUUGGUUUGAUAUUGAUGGAGACAUAGAUCCACUGUUCAAGGAAUACUGGUGCAAGAGAUUGCACCCCAAGAAUGUAUGUGAAAAGGUUUUCAGACAGCCUCCAUUGCGUGAUUCUCUGAAGAAGGGAAGGCUUAGAAAGCAAGAUUUUGCCAUUACAAAGAACAGGACUGCUCUUCUGCUGGCUGCUGACUCAAUUGGCAAGAAAAUCCAAUAUGACUGUCCUGGUUUCUUACCCAAUAGGCGUCAGCAUCGUAUGGCAGGAUUAGCUGCCAUUGAAAUUGCGCAGAAGGUGUCAAAAGCAUGGCGUUCUUUGCAAGCAGAUUGGAAGCAUUCUAAUAGAAGCUCAAAAAAUGGUAAGAGGGCUCGAAGAAAGGAAAGAAUCAGUAUGGCUAGCCAGAACAGAGGUGGUGCUGGUUGUAGUACAAGCAGUUCCUCAGAAAUAUCACCUUCUUAUGGCAUUACUGAAGAUGGAUCAUCUAGUCGCCCUAUGAUGUCAUGGCAAGAUGUUUAUUCAUUGGCUGUCAAAUGGAGACAAAUUUCUGAGCCUUGUGACCAGGUUGUGUGGGUUAACAAGUUGAGUGAAGAGUUCAAUUCUGGAUUUGGUUCUCACACACCAAUGGUCCUCGGACAAGCAAAAGUUGUUCGCUAUUUCCCAAACCAUGAAAGAGCAUUAGAUAUAGCAAAGACUAUCAUGAAGGAUAAACUUUUUGUGCACAACAAGGCAGAUGAAAUUAUUGAUCUAUCCAAAGAGGGGAAAUCAGAAUAUAUUGUGCAUGCAAAAUCUUGUAAUGAUCUUUAUGACAUUGUGGGUGAGGACUUCUGGUUGGCUACUUGGUGCAACAGCACAGGCGUUGAGGGGAAGCAACUUGAAGGGACUAGAAUUACCUGUGUGAAAAUGGGAGAGCAUGGAUAUGACUUCGCAAUCAGAACACCUUGCACACCUUCCAGAUGGGAGGAAUUUGUUGCCGAAAUGGGAAUUGCUUGGGAAGCCAUUUGCAAUGCUUAUUGUGGUGAAAAUUAUGCGUCCACUGAUUUCAAUGUCCUUGAAAAUGUGAGAGAAGCUAUUUUAAGAAUGACAUAUUACUGGUACAAUUUCAUGCCACUCUCAAGGGGCACUGCAGUAGUUGGCUUUGUUGUUUUGCUUGGAUUGUUACUCGCUGCUAAUAUGGAGUUCACAGGCAACAUUCCAAAAGGUGUGCAGGUUGAUUGGGAAGCCAUUCUGAACUUUGAUCCAAACUCCUUUAUCGAUUCCAUUAAGAGUUGGCUAUAUCCAUCCAUAAAGAUUACGACAUCUUGGAAAGAUUUUCCAGAUGUAGCCUCGACUUUUGCAACAACAGGAUCAGUUGUUGCUGCUCUCAGCUCAUAUGAUGAUUGAACUCUCAACUCAAACGGUUGCUCUUGUACUGGAGUGGGUUGUUCAGAACGCUCAUACAUCAACCGCAACCUCGGACAGUUAUCAGUUCGGGCCAGAUUUCUUUUUUUCUGCACUGUCUUGCGCUGUUGUAAAACAUGUGUUGUAAAUCAAUUUGUUGUACAACAUUACAAAAUAAUGUUGUAAAUCAAAUGUCUCACAUCUGGAUAGAUAUCUUUUCUUUGGCAGUAGAUCUGGCGAUCUGGCUAUUCGUGUCUUAUGAAAUAUUUGUAUUGAAAUUAGUGUAUUUGUGUUGUAUUUUAUACUAAAGUUAU